AUGAAGCUCCUCGUCCUUGUCGCCGUCGUGAUCGUGAGUGUCAGCUCUGUUUGUGCCAACAACCUACACCCCGAGAUCACUCCAGCACCCAAGGCCGAGGACUUGCAGAAGCGUCAGGACUACUCAGACCUUAUAGGCUGGUACUCGUCAAGCAACUACUGGUACUCCUACACCUGUCCGUCGGGGCAGUACUACGCUGCCGGCCCGAGGUUUGGGGCCUGCUGUCCUACCGGGGAGCCUUACUGCAAUCCCCUGGUGGCAUGCGAAGGGAACGUCGGCGUAUUCUCCAACGGUGUCCGGGGUGACUGCGGGACUGAAAUAUGCGAUACUGUCACCAUAUUCAACUCACAGAAUGUUGCAGCCACCGGAAUCCACAGUCUAGUCGCAUGUUUCUCGCCUGAUCGCUUCUACAGCUUUCCCAGGACUUAUUACAGGGCAACUUUUGCACUGACAACCAGCACGACUAACGAGCCCGAGACUUCUACGGCGACGGCGACAAAGACGGUGACCCAGACUGCUACUCCGGGACUAGGAGUGAAACUGUUGCAAGAUGGGAUGUGGAAGAGACUCUGCAUUUUCUCGCUGCUUGCUACGUUCUUAGGCUUUAUGCUUUAA